UUGGUUUGUUAGUCCAAUAAUACAUUGCAUGUUUAUUAUGCAAAUCAACUUUUUAAUGAUGUGUAGGAAACGUUUUGUUAUGGAUUCUGAGAACUAUGACCCUCUAAAGUGGCUGAAUGUCAUGCCAAGACUUAGAAAGUAGAUAAUUCCCAUCAUAAGUGCUAUACUAUAAAGCAGAGGACUUCAGCCGCACAUAUUAAUACAUAACCUCUCAACAUCUACAUUCUGGGGCCAUGUUCACCAUUUUGAUUGGGUCAUAUAUUAACUUCCAUGUAAACCCCCCCCCCCCCCAGGUUAGAGAGAAAUUAUGAUUUGUAGGUGUUGGCAUUACCGCACAUGUAUAAAUUUGGUCAUGCAGAAUGUGAGGUUAAGUUCUGGCGCGCGAAAUUCUUCAGUGGGAGUUGUGAAUAUAUUCGUGGAAUAGAGUUUGAUCUGUUAUGUUUAGUUAAUGGGAGUUUUAGUCUAAACUUAAUUAACUUCGUUUGUAUUGUAGAGUUGAAAUAUGGCUCUUUGGGUUGAUAAAUACAGGCCGAAUUCAUUAGCGAAAUUGGAUUACCAUAAAAAACAAGCUCUUCAUCUAAAAAAUUUGGUUCAGCAAGGUGACUUUCCACAUCUUUUAGUGUAUGGACCAUCAGGUGCAGGCAAGAAGACACGUAUAUUUUGUUUACUUAGGGAAUUGUAUGGACCUGGGGUGGAAAGGUUAAGAUUAGACCAUAUGAACAUGCAUACACCAUCAAACAAAAAAAUUGAUAUAACCACUGUGAGCAGCAACUAUCAUCUAGAAGUGAACCCUAGUGAUGUUGGGUUUCAUGAUAGAGUUGUUAUACAAGAGCUUAUAAAAACUGUGGCUCAGACACAUCAGCUAGACCCAUCUGGCCAGAGGGAAUUCAAAGUUGUGGUGAUUUGUGAAGCAGAUUGUUUGACUAAGGAUGCUCAGCAUGCUCUUCGACGAACCAUGGAGAAAUAUGUUUCAACUUGUCGUAUCAUUCUUGUUGCCAAUACAGCACCAACCAAAGAGGAGAUUAUUAGCAUCCUUCAGAGUGUGUGCAAGAAGGAAUGUUUAUCUCUUCCAAAUGAACUGGCAGAACGAAUUGCUGUGCAGUCAAACAGGAAUCUUCGGAGAGCCAUUCUCUUUUUGGAGAGUUGCAAAGUACAACAGUAUCCAUUUCAGCCUGACCAGAAAGUGGUGGCACAUGACUGGGAAAUCUUUCUUAAAGAUACAGCCAAAAUUAUUGUGCUGGAACAGUCACCACAGAAACUUCUAGAAAUACGCAACAGGCUCUAUGAACUUAUUAUUCAUGGUAUACCCAGUGAAUUUAUUUUUAAGGGCCUCCUUCAAGAGCUUGUUAAGAAUUGUGACAUGCAGCUGAAGACACAAGUUAUUGAAAAAGCAGCAUUCUUUGAACAUCGCAUACAUCUAGGCAGUAAAUCCAUUAUUCAUCUUGAAGCAUUUGUUGCCAGCUUCAUGUCCAUCUAUAAGAAGUUCAUGGAAGAAACUGUUGCAGAUUUAUUUUAAUUGAAGGUAAUAUGCUUGUUUUUGUUUAUAAUUGUCAGCUUGAAAAUGUCAUAGCCUGAGCCAGAUUUGGACUAAGGGCAAGAGAGAAUUUAUGUCUUGAGUCAGCAUUUAGGAUGAUUUAGUAAUAUUGGAAAUUAAGUUAGAAGUGAUAAAAUGGAGUUGUAAUCUGGUCACUCCUAACUUAAUUCUCAUAAAUGUGGAUUUUAUUGCUACUAGCAUAAAUUUUCAAAAAUUAUUAACAAGGUACAAAUUUAAAC